AUGUCUGUACAUGUCAAACUGCCUGGAAAGAACGGCCGGACCCUCAUGGUCACAACGGCUCCAAUGGAUUGCCUGACAUCUACUGGACUAAGUCCUCUUCCGACGGCGAGACCAGCAGGACAUGCUGGUGACAAAGACGAUCCCGGAUGCCGACGGAAGGACAAGCAUCGCCUCAUCAUCUUCAACAUGUGGAUUUUUCUCCAGCCCCCCAAGAGACCUCAAGGUACGCGACCCGCAGAUAAGUUGGAUACUGUUUUAUUGGAUGUGCCUGCUCAUGCUCCCCAUUUCAGCAACGAGCUAGCUCAGCGGAUAGGUAGUCUUCUAGUCGCGGACAAGGACGUCUCCAUGGAGAAUUGA